GCGGGGGCGGGGGCGCGUGCUGGGCCGCAGCUUGGUCCCCUCCUCCGCUGCGGCCGGCGCCUUCCGCGUCCCGCGCUGCCCCUCCCCCCACGCACGGCGGCAGCGCGCGCCCCUCGCCUCGCGUGCACGGGCGGCGGGCGCUCGGGCGUGUGCGAGGCGUGAGGUGGAGAUGGGGGCGGAGGGAGCCGGAGCUGUCACAGGCCCCGGGUCCGCCUGACCGAGCCAAGUGGGGUGUCAUGGCCGCGGGGGGCAGCGGCUGCACUUCCUCUGCGGGCGGCGGCGGCGGCAGCGGCCGGGGAGUUAAUCCUCGACGCUCGGGUCCCGUUUCCCUCUGUGCGGCGGCCGGCGGGACCAUAAGGGCUUAACUCAUAUAUUUAACCCCCCUCCAAAAAGUAAGUGGCCCGUUUGGUAUCUCCGCUCCGCCCGCCGCCCCCUAGCCCCAGUCCGUCCUGUGUCUGACUCUCCUGUCUCCAGCAUUGUUAUUUCCCCAUCUUUGCUUCGGUGCUACUGAUGUGUGGGGAAAUGCUCGCUCGUCGUCCUCCGUCUCCCACGCCCAGUCCUCGGGGAGGUCCAGAAUUCCCACCCCCCACCCCACCGUGGGGAAUAAUCUUGGUCUUACCAACAGAAUCUAGGAGAUUCUAUCCGUUCGCUUGGGCCCCUCAUCCCCUCCUUCCCGACAGGGUUUCGUUGGAAGGAAUUAUGCAAAUCCUGCUUUCUGGUGUCCAUUCAGCGGCAAUUUCAUGCGGGUUUGAAAGUAUUCUUGAAGGGCUGUUUGGACCUGCAUUAUUAAAAGAUCUCAGUUUAUUUAAAGACUGUGAACCUGAAAGCAUUUCUGAUUGGACUUUUGAUGAAAAUUGUCUGUUCUGUUGUUUGAGAAGAGAUAAAGUAAAGGGACACUUAGUCGGUCUGGAUGAACCAGCUUCGGGAGCUGGGCAAGAAGCUCUGCUUAAACAAGAGCAAGCAAAAAUCAUUCGAUUCGAGAGACAAGCAGAAGAGUUCCUCAAUGCAGUCUUUUAUAGAAAAGACAGUCCCUGGGUCUCCGACCCCAAUAUUCCCCUAGUGGCCCGUGAGAUCAUGCAGCGAAUGAUCCAACAAUUUGCUGCUGAAUAUACCUCAAAAAAUAGCUCUACUCAGGACCCCAGCCAGCCCAAUAGCACAAAGAACCAAAGCCUGCCGAAAGCAUCUCCAGUCACCACCUCUCCCACGGCUGCAACUACUCAGAACCCUGUGCUCAGCAAACUUCUCAUGGCUGACCAAGACUCACCUCUGGACCUUACUGUCAGAAAGUCUCAGUCAGAACCUAGCGAACAAGACGGUGUACUUGAUCUAUCCACUAAGAAAAGUCCAUGUGCUGGCAGCACUUCCCUGAGCCAUUCUCCAGGCUGCUCCAGUACUCAAGGGAACGGAGAGAAAGCAGCAGAGGCAGUAGCAGUAGAUUCUAACAAUCAGUCGAAGUCCCCACUGGAGAAGUUUAUGGUCAAACUGUGCACUCAUCAUCAGAAGCAGUUCAUUCGUGUUCUGAACGAUCUGUACACUGAAUCUCAGCCAGGCCCCGAGGACCUGAGACCUUCUGAUCCUGGAGCAAUGGAUGCCUCCACCUGCAAUGCUGGCUGUGCCCAGCUAAGCACCAAACAUAAGGAAAAGGAUACUGUGUGUCUCAGCAUGAAGUCUCCUCCUUCUGUAGAUUUGGUCAUUGACUCAUCGGGCUCUCACAGCCCUCAGCACGCGACAGAACAGGCCCUAAAGGAACCUCCUCCCGAGACAAACUCUGUAGAUGGAAGAGAGAAUCCUUUGACUGUUGUCCAGAAAGAUUCCUCUGAACUUCCAACCACUAAACCUAAUUCUGAGAGUUCAGUGGAUAGUUCCACUCUGGGAUACCUCACUGCAUCUAAUUCUUCCUCAUUAACCAUCCACCACACCUCUAAGAGCUCGGAGGGGCAAACCACUGGACAGGAGCAGGACCCAAAUGUGAAAACAGGCGAGGAUGGUAAAAACCGUGUGCAGAGUUCAGCUUUAGUCGAAACUCUAAUUGCAGUAAAAGUGGCGGCUGAGCAUGGUGAGGAGAGCAACAGCUGUAUUGUGUCUCAAAAAAAUUCGUUCAAAGCUUUAUCAGAAGAGGCUUGGGACUCAGGAUUUAUGGGGAAUUCACCUAGAACUGCUGACAAAGAGAAUGCUUUACAGUGUAGCUCAAAAACACCUCUACGCCAGGACCUAGAGGCAAGCGAGCAAGAUUCAAGGCCAAAGCAAGAGAACCAUCUUCACCCACUAGGAAGAGAGAAAGUGGGUUACCAUUUACAUCCCAGUAACAAGGGCCAGUUUGAUCAUUCCAAAGACGGUUGGUUAGCCCCCAGCCCCGUGCCACCUGUACACAAAGCAUCUAAUGGACAUUCACGAACCAAGGUGAUAUCCCCCUCUAUUAAGACAGCUCGGAAAAGUAAGAGGGCAUCAGGGUUGAGGAUCAAUGAUUACGAUAACCAGUGUGAUGUUGUUUAUAUCAGCCAGCCGAUAACAGAAUGCCACUUUGAAAAUCAGAGAUCAAUAUUAUCUUCUCGGAAAACAGCCAGGAAGAGUACACGAGGUUACUUUUUCAAUGGUGAUUGUUGCGAGCUGCCAACCGUCCGCACACUGGCCCGAAAUUUACACUCCCAGGAAAAAGCAAGCUGCUCAACCCCGGCAUCAGAGGCAGUAGUCACUCCCAAGCAGGCCCUUAUCAUUUCAGCACCUCAGCCUGCAGUCGAUGUGCAGCAUCCCCGAGAAGACAACCCUGAGGAACCUAGUAAUGAAGUAGCCUGUCUCAAGGAAGGAGACAAAGAUGCAUCCUCUGAAAAGGAAUCUCAAGAGCCCGAGGUGUGCCCGAUGGUGAAUAACGUAAACCCAAGCAGCCCCCCCAGCCCAAGGGAAACAGCAGCCCCCAGCCUGGUGUGGCCCCUCCCUGCUCGCUCUCCUGAAGAGGACCUGCCAGAAGGCAGCUCUGUAGUCUCAGCUCCCACAGAAAGUGGGCUCUCUUCCCCUGAAUGCGACCAACAGCCAGUCGAACUCCUGGAUGCAAAGGAUAUGAGUGGACCCCAAGACUGUCCCCUGCUUCCCUCCACAGAGAGCAUUUCUGAGGGAGGCAGCGAAGAGGUUGUUCCCAGACCGCAUUCUUCUCCUCAAACAGUAAGUAGAGAGGAAAGUCCUCUGUGCCCAGAAAAUCAAAGUCCCCCAGUGGGCUCAGAGCCUCCCCUGAGCCUGGGAAAGGCUGAGGAAGACCAAAGUAUCGGUACUGAGGCUGAGACUGAAGGCACGCAGCAGCUAGAUACUGACCCGCUCUUGAAGGAAAGCAGCACUUUUACUCAUGAAAACCCAAGUGAAAUUGAGGAAAGUGAGGCAGCAAGUGGUGCAGUAACAUUCGAGGGAGAGAACAGUGAUGGACAGCAGCCUUCGGAAAAAGAUAUAAGCGAUCAAAACAUUGACUCACCUGAAGAGAGUGUGGACAAGAAGAAAAAAGGUAAAAAACUCCCUGAGGCCUCUGAUAGGUGCCUAAGAAGUCAACUCUCAGAUUCUUCCUCUGCCGAUAGAUGCCUGAGACAUCAAAGUUCAGAUUCUUCCUCUGCUUGUGUUGAGCUCAAAGUUUCUAAAAAUCCUGGUGUAAAACGUUCUAAAAAAGAAGGGUACCCAGGGAGGGCAACACCCGAGAGCUUCCUGAUUGAAGGUGUCCACGCUAAAGCCCUGGAGGACACCGAACACCCAAAGGCCCAUGAAAAUCCCUCUGAGAAAGAUGCUGAGCAGGAGGGCAAAGGAGGUGGGAUCAUCACCAGGCAGACUUUUAGAAACAUGCUGGCAAAAGAAGCCAAGGGGGAAGAAGGAGGAAUUUUCCCCAGCAGUGAUCCCUUAGCCACAGUUGGCCAGCCCCUGCCUGGAGAGAAACUGGAAAUCUAUGUUCAGUCUAAGUUAGGUGAGAACAGUCCUCAAGACCCCUCUGGAAGUAUUCCUUGUACUUUCCCAGAACAAUCAAAAGAGAAGCCAGGACCAAUUCCCACACGAGAGAUGGAGGAGGUUGCAAAUGAGGCGGAUAGUGCAGACAGCCAGCCUAAAGAUGAGGAUGGUGACAUGCCACCUAGCACACCUGGAUUGUCAAGUGGUGGAAGUAAUGACGCUGCUGGGCCUCCCAAAUGGGUACCAAGGCCUACAAGACUGACCUCUUCAACCUACUACCUAAGACACACUCAUUCUCUGGACUCCUUGGACACUGUAAAAGUGACUUCAGAAAAGGAAGCAGCACCAGGAAACCCAGCCCCCAAGGAAAAUGAAGCUUCAGAGAGCGAGGAUCCCUUAGAUGAGGAUGAUGUGGACACAGUAGCAGAUGACCAGCCAAAGUUUGUGGAGUGGUGCGCUGAGGAGGAGAACCAAGAGCUCAUCGCCAACUUCAACGCCCAAUACAUGAAAGUGCAGAAGGGCUGGAUCCAGCUGGAGAAAGAAGCCCAGCCAACACCAAGAGCCAGGAAUAAAUCGGAUAAGCUGAAGGAGAUUUGGAAAAGCAAGAAGAGGUCGCGGAAAUGUCGGGGUGCCCUGGAGGUUCAAAAGUUUUCUCCUGUGCAGAUGCUGUUUAUGACAAACUUUAAAUUAUCUAAUGUUUGUAAGUGGUUCUUGGAGACCACAGAAACCCGGUCUCUGGUAAUCGUGAAGAAGCUCAAUACUCGUCUUCCAGGAGACAUCCCACCUGUCAAGCAUCCUCUUCAGAAGUACUCUCCUUCCAGCCUGUAUCCCAGUUCACUGCAGGCCGAACGCUUGAAAAAACACUUGAAGAAAUUUCCCGGAGCGACUCCUGCUAGGAACAAUUGGAAAACACAGAAGCUCUGGGCUAAGUUUCGAGAGAAUCCUGACCAAGUGGAGCUGGAGGAUGGCAGUGACGUUAGCCCCAGCCCCAGCCCUGAAGAUCGCACAGAGGAAGUCAAGGAAGGUAGAAAUAGCCAUCCUCCCACAAACUCGCCUACCCCUGCCAGUACCCGGAUCCUUAGAAAAUACUCCAACAUUCGAGGAAAGCUCAGAGCACAGCAGCGUUUGAUCAAGAAUGAGAAAAUGGAAAGCCCAUUUGGUCCGGCUGUGGAAAGCAAACAGAGUUGUAAGAGUGUGUGCAUCAACCCUCUGAUGUCUCCCAAGCUUGCCCUGCAAGUAGGUGCAGAUGGGUUUCCUGUUAAGCCCAAGAGUACUGAUGGAACGAAGGGAAGGAAAGGGAAGCAGGUGUCUGAAGUCUUGCCGAAAGCAGAAGUUCAGAAUAAACGCAAGAGGACAGAAGGCGGCAGCACUCAGGACAGGAAGGACAAGGGACCUGGGAUGAAGGCCAGCAAAGAAAAGCAUGUUGAUGGAUCCACCAAAACCCCUGCUGCCAAGAAGCCAGCUGCAAGGGACAGAAUCAGCCAACCGCCCAAGAAGAAAGAGAAUAAAGUGAAGAUCCCUAAAAAGUCCCCUGGGAAGAGCUGCCCUCCCUCCAGGAAGGAAAAAGAAAAUACCAACAAAAGACCUUCCCAGCCCUCCACCUCGGAGGUGGUGACAAAACCGGCGAAGCAAAAAGGGGCAGGUGAAUCCUCUUCAAGGCCACAGAAAGCCACAAACAGGAAGCAGAGCAGUGGAAAGACUCGGGCCAGACCCUCGACGAAAACCCCAGAGAACAGUGCAGCCCAGAGAAAGCGAAAGCUGAAGGCAAAGCUGGACUCUUCCCACAGCAAACGGAGGCGGUUGGAUGCAAAAUGAUUGGAAGGGUGGUAGCCCAGAGUUAAAACUGUUCUAUAGAAGUAACCCUUUAUUUUGCAUUAACUAAAUCUGCUUUUAUAAGCUUAUCAAGCCUUUCAAACCUGCAGUUAAUAGAGAACACCACAAUUUAAGAUGUCAGAAAAUGCGUCUCAGAUGGAGAAGGGAACUUGCAGAGUCUUUCUCUGAGGCUGAGUAAGGGAAGUUAUAUAUUAUAUUCUGAUUGUUCCUUGGGUUUUAAACUUGGAACCAAGCAGUUUUAGUUUUUAAAAGUACAGUGCCUUAUUUAUCCUUUUUGUUUUUAAAUUUACAAAAGCUAAAAAGCUGAUCUAUGUGAUUAAAGGCUUGUAUUUUAUACUUGAUGCACAAGCACUUGUACUGUAGCCGAGAAGAUCACCAUCAUGCACAUAAAAGUAGCUUUUCAGCAGCCACCUGCAGUGUCUGUACAUGAGCAGAUGCUCCUCUUUGCAAACCCCAGCAGCGAACUUCCCUCUGUCUUGUUUGUUCGUUUAAAUGAUAUUUGAAAGCUAAACCAAAUCAUUUUUAUGGUAUGUGGAGAAUGCAGAGGGAAUUUAUAAUUAUUAUAAAAGAUUAAUAUUUCUGUUAUCCCUUUUUAAAAAUUCAGAUUCAUUGUUGGUCACUCAUCUCUGAUCUUCUGUCAUUUGAAGAAGUGCAUUCUCAAUUACGUGCCCAUGGAACAGAAGGCGUGUCACAAGGUGUUAAUAGUGAUUUAUGACCUCUAAAAAUUAUUCACAUCCCCCAGACUAUGCGCAGUACUGAUUCUUGCCAUCCUUUUCAUUUUUGGCCUUGCAAGCUUGCUAGCACACUAACAAUGUUUUUAUCCUACUUUGAGGGGGAAAAAAGAAAUCUUUUUUUCCAUCUUGUAGCUGUAAUUUGACAAUUAGGAUAAGAGGAAUUCUAAUUUUUUUUCUUGCCCUGAGUACUUCCAUGUUCAGAGAAAGCCAAAAUGUCGUUUCAGCAAUAGAAAAGUUUAAGAAUGUGUGUGUAUGCAUGUGCAUUUAGGUGCAUUUGCAUGUGUUUAUUAGCCACAAAUAUCUCCCAAUCCCAGUUUUACAGUAAAAUUCUUUCUUCUCUUUCCAGUGUGAUAGGGUGUUCAUGGGCUGGGUAAUUAGCAUAGGCCAGAUGGCUUAAAUGUAGCCCAGGGUCUCUAUGAGCAUCCCCCCAAUCACCUUGGCACCAGACUCAGAAAGGUCUAAACAACACAGAAUUCUAUAGAGGUCAGAACAGCCUUGCAGGUGGAGAAAGAGGCUCCAAGAUCUCGCAGUGGGCCAACACACUCCUAUACGAGGAGCUAACGUCCCAAUGUGAAAUCUACAUGUUUAGAGUAGGUGCUUUUUCUGAUUGGUGAGCACCGUACUAGUAGUUAAUGCCGGUAGUUACCCCACCUGCCUGUAUCAAGUCAGGUUUGUUCCAUGGUCCAGAAAUGAGAGCUGCAGUAUUUGUGACUGAUGUUGUUUGAGGCCUAGCAUGGGUGCAUUGGCUUUACCUUGGUGCCUGUAACAUUGCUCCAUCAUAACAUAGUGUGCACUCGACAUCUCCAUUGGGCCACUCUACCAAUAAAUAAGGCUUGGUUGUUAAAGCUUCAACCAGCUUCACUAACAUGCUCUGUCACCAAAAUAGGCUGGGAUGGACAGCUGCUACUCUGUCCUUUUUGUUAAAAAGUCGUUCCAUUCAUAUCUCUUCAGGUCUUUUUAGAUAAACCCAGAUGUACCUUCUUUUCAUGCAUUAGUUCAUUCAAACCAUGAUAAAACAGGUUUUCUACCCAUUCUGUUAAAGUUUUGCUGUUUUAUAAUGAAAACUUCUGAUAAUUGGAUAGGACUGGAGAAAAGCAUUUGAUUCAUGGGAAAUUGAGAAUUGUGUUGAAUUUUAUAGAUAGUGAAGCUUACUGUCUUCAAUGAAGCUUUGGUUUGUUGUUUUUUUUCUAAUGUCUCCUCUAUCCCAUGAGUCUUUUUUUUUUUUUUUUUAAUAUCUUUGACUUUGGCUAUUCAAGAGCUACCUAUAUUAAUGAAACUGCUGAGUGUGUAUGUUGGCAACCUUUUCUCAGCAUUAAGUUGCACAGAAGCAUUAACAUGUUUUAAGUAGGCUCAUUUAAUCUAUAAAAGUUGUUUUAAAGUUUUUAAAAAAAAUCUUUUCAUAUAGUCGUCACUGGAUAUUGUUUUUGUGGUGACUGAAACGGUGGCGGUUUGCCCAUGUCACAUGUGCUGAUCCCUGUACGGACAUUCAAGGUGCCCCCUUAGCUGCAUAUAGACUACCUUGUAAGGGUGCUUAGAUUUGGUUCGGGAGAGAUGUGAGGCUCUAAGUGGGUGGAGCUUUUCCAAUUGCAGAUUUAUAAUUCAUUCCAUUACUUUUCUAAGUUCCUUUUCAUUUUUAAAAGCUUCCUUCAAGAUGAUAGCCUUCUCUCUCACUCUAGGCAGCAUUUGAGAAAAGGUAUCAAUAUGUAUUUAUUUUAUACACCUAACGAUGCAUUAGGUCUCCUUUAAAAUCAACUUAUACUUUACAGUAGUGACUACAUUUACAUAGAUGGAUUCUACAUAAUUAGGACAUUUAAAAGAUAUAUUGUUGAAUCUCAUUUUUGCUGACUCAGUUAACUUUGCUGAAAGAAAAAACAAACUUGAGGGCUGACUCUGGAAGGUCCUUUGACACUUAACAGCAGACACCAGUCUCCCAGAUACCUCCAAGCCUAGGCUUGGUUUUGACUGAAGUCUCCCCUCGUUUUCCCUCUCUUGCCAAGACCUUCUUCCUGUAGCCAUUGUCACAGUAUGGCUUGCCACUGGAUGCAAAGGUAGUCUGUCCCACAUUCUAGAUUCAAAUUAGAAAGGAAUUCUUCUCCUGGGCCUGUGCUCGGUGAGUGACUUGUCAGAGCUGAUGUGGUGACCAGAGAACAUUGGUAUUUCCUCUGAGCUUCUAGCUGGAAGAUGCCUGGGAAGCAAUCACUGAAGCUCUACCUUAGCUCCCCAGAGCUGGGCCCUCUUCAAGAGACCCAUUUUCUAUCCCCUGAGGCUCCCUGGCUUUGGGAGGACAACAUGGAGACUGCUCCUUCAAUCAGGGUCCAGAGCCUCCCCCCAGGCACGUCCUCAGACCUGUAGCCAUCUUGCAGCAUAGCAGGAAGGCCAUGAACUUUUGGUCUGUUCUUGAGGCUUCUUAUAUACGAACGUUGUUAAUGUCUUUUAACCUAAAUUGCUAGUCCCUUGGAUCUCUUAGUUUGGCCAGUUCUGUUGUGUCUGUACCUCAUUAAAGACUUCUGCACAAGCCUUUUUUAAAAAGUAACCCUAGACUGUGGGUUUCAUGCCUCAUUGUUCCUACAGCAGAGUGGAUAGAAGAGGUGUAGUUAGUCAUCCCUCCACAAAUGUGGUGCUUCCGAUGGGAUCCUCUACGCAUCACAUGCUGUGCAGGUGAAUUUCUCACUGUUCAGAUAGGUCAUCAGUAAAACACAUCACUUCAAGAUGGUCCAUUUGAAUUGAAGUUUGGGCUCUUAUCUCCUUUGUGAUGAAUUCUGUAGUGAAGACUAAAGCUGUCACUGUCAUUUAUGGGCAGCAUGUCUAUUGACUAGUGGGCCUAAGAGCCAAGUAGGAAAGGGCAACAUAUUAUGUGAGGCAAGCUGGAAAUGCUAUAGUGUCACCAUGAGCAAGUCUGGUGUCUUGUCACUGCCCCUGGGACUAGCCGGAAUUUCCCAAGGUGCUGGCCCAGGACACCACACCCGCUCCUUUUGGUUUUAGGUCAGCCUAUUCAGGCUCUCAUCUGGCCUACAGAUGAUUUUUCAAGGGUCUACAAACAGUGGUCUGGUCAUCGUUUUGUAAGUAAAAGUUUAUUGGAACACAGCCACACUCGUUUAUUUCUGUCUUGUCUGUGGCUGCUUUCCAGCAGAGUUGAGUAUCUGCAGCAGAGACCACAUGGCCCACAAAGCCUAAAAUAUUUACUGUUGGACCUUUAAGAAAAAGUUUGCUGACUCCUGCUUGAGAAAAGAAUCAUUUUUCAGAAAAAAAAAAAAAAUCUUCCUUUCUCGUUUAUCGUUUUCCUGCCUCCUUUCCUCUUUUUCCUCCUCUUUUUCUCCUUCCUCCUUGUCAUACCUGAACUUUGUUCUCUUUACGUCUUUAUUUUUUCUUGCUGCAAAAGAGACAUGUCACAUCCACAGCAUAUCGGACACCAUCUCUUGAAACCUAAGCUGCUUUAGCCUCGCAUCCUGUUAGAAUCACCCAUCACAGUGGCCAAAAUGAGGCCAUCUUUAGCCCCUGGAGGCAGAAUCCAUGAGCAAAUAGGAAAGUCAAAGUUCUAAAAUUACGUGGCCUGGGCCUCUCUUUCACUUAGCUUUUGCCAUAGACCCAACUCUGGCUUCAUUUCCCAUUUAUUACUAAAGUAAGCCAAGAUUGUUUCUUUCUAAACUGGUUGAGACUUUAGUUGGAUGUUUACUUUUGGAAGCUUACAUUUAGAUAUGGAAAAAGUCUUUUCACAGAGGGGAAACAAAGUCCAAUCACAAACCCAAAGCAUUGUUUAUUACGUAAUAUUUUUGACCAGAUCCUAGGAAAAUUAAUGUAUUGGCACUGAUUUUUUUUUCAGUCACAUACCCUUCUUUCAAAAUACUUUUAUUAAAUGUAAACUACAACUGAAAUACAGAGAUUUGAAAUGCUUUAGAAAGAAAAAUAGAAAAAUGGAGCUUAUUAUAACCUGGGCAUGACUGAGAAGUUAUGGAUGAAAUCUUUAGAUCAGAUCCAGUCAGCACCGCGAUGCUGUCAUCCUCUCCCCCUAAAACUCAAGAAUAAGUCUCUAUGCUGUUUUUCCAAAUGAAAGAGCCGUGAAAGAAAAUUUUAGCAGGACUCUAAAACAGUGACUAUUUCAUUUGUUUUGAAACAGAUAAUUAUCAUUUUGAAUUCUUAACUAUGGACUUUUUUAUGGCUUAAUAUCCACCGAAAUACUGGGAAUCGUUCUGAGUAUGAAUAUCAUGUCUCUGUUCAGCAAGGCAGUCCUCACAUCCCAGCAGUAAGUACUCUCCCCUAUGCUUGUUCCCAAGUCCUUUUCGGGGGUGGGGGGGGAGAAAAGAAAAAGAUGAUUUCAUUUAAAACAAGCAGAAUUAUGGGAAGCCUUUUGAGACAGCCUUCAAUAUAGUUUAUCCCUUGAAACGCCAGAACGAACUGCUGUAUUCUAACAAUGGACAGAUUAGAAGACUUGAAGGUCUGUCUGAUCUCUUUCCUUUAAAGUUAUUAAGUCAUGCUCGGACAGAAACCCAGAGCUCUCGGAUGCUGCUCCUGGCUCAGGCCUCGCCUCACUGUACUGGGGACCCAGGGAACCACCUGGGGCACUUUGUGAGAAUCCUUGCUCAUGCUUUUCCCUUGGAAUUGAGCCACGUCAACUGAGCUGGCAAGUUUCUUCCAUCACCUCUCCUUUGUCCGAUCCUUUUCACAGAGCCCUGGUGAUUUACGCUCAGCGGGGCAGUUGUGCAGUUAUGCUCACCUGCAGGCACAGUGACACACAGGCUUUCUCACCUUCCUGGGAUCAUUCCAUCUAACAUAAGGAAGGUACUCAUUAGACAAGGCACGUGGAAGAGACUGCUCAUUGAAAAAGAACCAGUUGCCCAGGGUUUUGUUGGAGGAAUGCUGCCAAAGAUUAGACAAAUCCAUUGUACCUUGGUUUUUUUUUUUAAGGAUUAUGUUAAGGGGGAAAAAAAAAAAAGGUAAAGAGACCCCAUAUGGCCCACACAGCCUAAGUUAUAAAAUAUUUACUACCUGACCCUUUAUAGAAAAGGUCUACUAACCCUUGCAAUAUGUUACUCAAGAUCAAGUUGUGUGGCCAGUUAGGUGCAAACUUAUUUUUUUCAUGUAGUCCAGCAUUGCAACAUUUCUUUUAGAUUUUAGGAUAUCUUACCUGUUCAUCUUAGCGCACGUUAUUCCUGAGUAAUGCUCAUGCAUUAAAGAAAAAUAUGUAUCUCCCUUCGUUGAUUGAAUAUUUGUUGAGUCAUGGACAUGCAAUUUGAUCUACUAGGGUAACUAGUUAAAACUAAAAGUACAAUGUCUUUUAAACUAAAAGCAUUGCAGUUGGCUUUGUUUUUAUGAGUCAGGGUGAACUUGACUCUCAUGGAGAGACAUUCCUCUACGGCAGUGCUCAACACAAACAGAUUUACUCAUGAACUUAAAAGCUAGAACAGUGCCUCUCCCAGGCAGGCACAGUGCGUGUUAGUGUCACCCCCACCCCAGAACUCCCCUUUUCUUUCUGUGUACAGUAUAUUUGCAAGUUUAUCACUCCUCAAGCUUUGCUCACUACUUAUAAACAUCAAUGGCUGGUCUUUGCCUGUUUGAACCUCCAAUCCAGAUCACGCAUUCUCAGCUCCCUUAACAAUACCAGCAGGUCAGUGGCACCUUAUCGGCACACCAGCAGCUCUAGACUGAAGUUCAGAGCUCUCUGGCCUGACCGGUGAAGCCCGCCCCCAGUCAGGCCUAACUCACCUCAUUGUGAGACCCCACUGUUGGCACCUUGCCUCUUCCCCCUUCUGCUUAUGCCCCCAGCCCCCUUCCAGGAGGCAUCUUCUCCGGGAUGUCUACCUUGCAAGCGCGUCACUGAACACGGGUGUGUCAUAUUAGAAGCAUUUCUUUUUAUAACUGUUUUUCUUCUAGUAUUUAGCCAUUGGGUCCAAAUGCUGUUUCAGCUUACCAGCUUUCUCACUCAAAUUGUUUUCUAUACUCUACACUUCAUUUUGUCUUGUAUCUAAAGCUAUAGUAUUUGGGAGCCAGUUUGUGGGAAAAGAUGCUGUACAAAUAAGAUUUGCAUAAAUUUGUAUAUUUAUACCACAGGUAGGGACUAGUUUUAGAGCCACUAUAGCUUAAGGUUAUGAGUUUCCCCAGUGAUUUGUGCAUUCUCGAUAGCUCUAGGAGACUGUAUGACUAUGAUCUCAAAUACAUAUAUAAUACAUAUUUAUACAGACCACUGUGAAGUUUAUUUCACUGUGUAAAUAGUGGUAUUUUCUGUUCAAAUGCUCCUAUAGAAAGUAUUUAUUUUAACAAACAGACGAAAAAAUUCACUGUCAAAAGGGCUUUCCAAAAAAAAGUGUUCUUUCUAGAGAACCUAUCCUCCCCAGCUACGAUGCUCAGCCACUGAACCCCCAAACAACGUAGUGGAGGCAGAAGGGUGGGGCCUUGACACCCUCCCUGUAUUUGGCCAGAUGCAACUGAUCAGGAACCUGAGCACAUUCCCCCACAGCCACCCAUCCCAGAACAAAAUGGACCUCCCACAUUGGUAUGGCUGUGCCAGGCAUGGCAUCCAGGCUUGCCUCCAGCAGCCCACUUUUUGCCUACACAGUUGGUACAUUCAACUGUAUAUUUCCACAGCCUGUGCAGGGAGAUGAGCCUUAGCUGUAACCCCAAGGAAAUCCUCACCUAUACCUGUGCGAUAUGGAGAAACCACUGGUUGCCUAAAGAAAGCAUUAAGAUGUAUUUUAGUCUUUCUCAUCUUUGUGAAAGACACCUGUUUGCACUCUCAUUAACCAUGGGAGAUACGCAUGUUUCCUCUGCACCUUGACUAUUCCCGAGCACCUCAGCUCGCCUCCCCCUCCUCCUCCUCCUCCUCCCCCUCCCCUUCCCCCUCCCUGUCCCUGCAGGUAUCUGUGCAGAUGUGGACCAGCCCCACCUAUAGUCGAUGGUACAGAGUGAAGCCAUCUGCUCUAAGAUGUGCAGCUUGCUUUCUCAGGAGUCCUGGUCUGCAAUUCAGAGCACCCCUAGAUGUAAUGUAACUGAUGCUUUCCCAUCAUGUUCUUGCCCUGUGUCUCAUUCCUGGGCACCCCUGUCAGAGUCAUGAUUCUCAUCCUGCCCGGCUGGCUGGACUGAGAACUGCAGCUCCAGGACUGUGGAGAGCUUAGGACUGGACACACAGGGAUUUGUGUCAUCCGUUGAACCAUAGUUUGCAUAUUGACUUAUGGCCUCCCUUUGUCUUUUCUAAACAAAUGAGGAGGACACUUGAACAGUAAUGCUGGAGAAUGUUUUUUCUAAGAUACUAUUUGUAAGCAAACCUGAUUUUAAGGUGAAAUGUGAAUGGGUAACUAGGUGCCAGGGAAUUUAGCACUGAACUAGACAGUCAAAAAACUUUUUUAACCUUUGCAGGAAAAAAUAAACUUUGCUCUCAUCUAAGUGUUCACAAAAAAUAAUGUUGUAAAUAGUUUUUUAAAAAUAUUUAUUACAUGUGCUGUAUACAGAUUCAUGUUUUGAGUGACGUUGGUUUGCAUUGUAGUAUUGUAGAAGAAUAUAUUUUGAGCAGUGGACUUCCUUUCAUAACAGUUCAUACACGGAGAAAGAACAAAAACCAGCAGGUUGAGAGCUGUUUGGGGAAUUUGAUCUGUAAUGUUACAUCAAGUCCAAGCUUUAAUUGCCCCCUCUUCUUAUCUGGUUAUGCCAUAUAUAUAUAUAUAUAUAUAUAUAUAUAUAUAUAUAUAUAUAUAUAUAGUAAACUGGUCGGUGGUCAGUCCCCAGAUCUGCAGAGCAGAUUUCCAGGUGUUCUUUCUGGUGUGUUGCCCGUAAGCAAUAAGAUUCUAGGUAAUAACAUUUAUUCUGGGCUCCGAGGUAGCCCUUGUCUCAGAGGAUAGGGUGGGGGUAGAACAGCUCUUGCUAAGACCUCUUGCCUUUGCUGGAGAGGUUGCCGUACUUGAAUUUUUGCUUCUGUUUGUCUGCACGCUUCUUCACAUGAUACAACCCUCGAGAUGGAUGAGAAAUCUGCCAGCACCAGACACAUCAAGAAUUGGGCACACAGACUGAAAAAUGAUCAACCUUCCAUGAGUUUGUAGGGUUUACAGAAUCUAGUCGAGGCAAAGCUCAUUGAGUUGUAGCAUCAACGUAAGACCUUUUCACAUGAAAAUUUUGAACAGUCCAUAAAAAGUCCUUUGACUAUCUGACCUACCUUUAAGAGCUGGCCCACUUCCUCUAACCCUCCUCUAUGCCUGGGUUAGAAAUGUCUGAAUCCUCCUUCGUGUCUGGGGUUAAACCAUUUAGGUUUGUGCAGAGAGGGCAGUUGCUCCUCCAAGUGUCCCAGCGUGUCCAGUCUGACAGGUUUCUAAGCUGUUUAGCGGCCUCUCCUUGUGACCGUCCCGAACGUUAUGAAAACAUACUCCCCACCCAGAUCACCAUUAAUAGGAUAAUGUAGUUUUUUAGGCUUUUGGAAUAUGUCUUCUCUUUUGUAUUUAUGAUGGUGUUUGGAAUUUUUUCACUAGUGUUUUUUUAGAUUGAAGUGGGUGCAUUAGGCUAAAACUUUCCAUUGCUGAGCCUGACAGCAAGCAAGAGGAAAGAAACUGACCUAUGUUGUGUCAUUGAGAAGGUGACUACUUCUUGUGGUGGUGGGAGGGUGGGGAGGGGGCAUUGUAGAUUAUGUGGGGGUAAAAUAGAAUUCUGACCUGAGGCUCCCCAAGUCUUAUUACCUUGUUAUAAAUAACCCCUUUAUUAGCCUCAAUCUCAAUAGAAGCCUGCUGUUUACCCUCAGGGAACAAGUAGUUUUCAAAAUUGAGCUCCUCCAAGGUCUUUGGCCAGUGCCCGUGUGCAGGCAUUGGUCAUCUUUGUGAACUCAUGGCAUUAUUUUCCCAUAUGCAUUAUGAUAUUAAGAAAUUCAACCCCAACCUGUAUGAAAAGCACAGCCCAGGGUCCUACUUUAGGCUAGAGUUAAUGCCUUUGAGAGGCCAGGGGCCAGCGGAGGCCCAUGCAAUUUAACUGAAGCUCAGGUGCCGUGUUGGGUGUUUCUUCUUUUUAGGCCACAACCUUCAGAAUGAGUUUAGGGCAGGGCUGCUGAUCCAGCUGUGGAUCCAGGGAGCUCUAAGAUGAAUCUCUACCGUUCCUUUAAAGGUCUUUCUGGUUCUUCCCCGUGUUGUCAUGGCUGAGGUCGAUCUCGUGGUUGUUCAGAUGUGCUCCUUUUUGCUGUCUUGUGAGUCUUAGCCAGUGAUCCAGGUGCCCAAGGAGAGAGUCUCCAGAGGGCCUCGCUCCUUCCCGGUACCGAGCGUGUGCUCCUGACCUGGGUGAACGUGGUCUUGUCAAAAGCAGCGAAGUGAGAAGUUCUGCAAAUGGUGAUCCGGACUAUCUGCACGUAUCCCUUGGGCCUGGAUUUCCACUCUGUUAGUGCGUGUAGGGAAAUACUGUGUCUUUUAUGGAUGAAAAUUCAAUGUAUGCUGUGAAUUUGUUGGUUUGAAACAUUGAAAAUUUUUCAUUAGACAAUGUUUACAUACCUCACCUGAAGAACCUUUGAGAGUGUAUAUAUGAAAUUUAAAAUAUAUUAAGUUGCUUUAAAACCAUAUGUACAGCUAUAAAAGUUGGAGUUAUUUUAACUUUGAAUAUGUACCAAGUCUCUUAAAUAUUGAAAUCUUGUGGACUUUUUGUGCUUCUGUGUUUUACUUUCCUGUUAGGCCAUGUAGGAGACUGUGUUCUUGUUAUUGGUAAAGGGGCCCUCGCUGAAAUCCAAGCUUGGAAGGAUUUCCUUUGUUGUUUCAGAUUUUCUUGUUUGGUUCUGAGGAAUGGGGUAUGGAGCUAGAGGAUGUGCGGGAGGGAUUUCUCUAACAUUGACAUCUAUUCCAUGAGCUUUUUCUAGGCGCUUAUUUUAUCGCAGCGUAUUAAACUUCUUUGAUAUUAAA